AAGUUUCUUGCAACAGAUUUGUUGUAAACAUUACACAAUCAAUGGGGUUGUUGACAAUAAUAAAGAAACAAAAACAAAAGGACAAAGAGAUAAGAGUUCUAACUCUAGGUCUUGACAAUUCUGGAAAAACAACCAUCAUUAAACAAAUGAUGGGUCAAGACAUUGAAGAAAUCUCCCCUACCAUGGGAUUUCAAAUUAAUACUUUGAAUCAUAAGGGGUUCACAUUGAAUAUGUGGGAUGUUGGUGGACAAUCAAGUCUACGUGCAUUCUGGGGGAACUACUUCGAUAAAACUGAUGUUGUCAUUUGGGUGAUUGAUGGGUUGAGUCUUGAACGAUUGAAUGAAUCGUUUCAGGAAUUGAGAGAGAAGGUUAUGCAGCAGGAUAGACUUGUGGGCGCCUACUUGGUGCUUGGUGUUAAUAAGAUUGAUUUGGUGCCGGAAUCCAAUUUGCAAGCUUUGAAAGAAAAGGUCACUAGUUAUCUUGAUAUGAAUAAGCAGGAAGAAUCAGAUAGCAAUUGGACUAUAAGGUUAAUAAGUGGUAAAAGUGGCAGGGGUAUUGAAGAUGUCCUUGAUUGGAUCAUAACCAGACAGUAUUAAAAACAUGUACAUAAUUAACUCUAUUUCAUAAUGCCGUGCUUGCCGUCGGCUUUAAGCCUAGGGGAUCUUGUGGAAGAUAUUAGUUUAUAGUGCCGACGCAAGGGGGUGUUGUAAAGGGGUAUAUUGGAGAUUCCACUUUCUACAGGUAUUAGCUAAUCAGAGAUCUAGAAUAAACAAGAAAAUAAUUCAUU